UCUUGAUGAGUUUUGAUGAUCAAAGUCCAGAAAUAAUUUUUUAUGCGAUACACAAACCAGUUUUGCCACAUGAACGCAUAUUUUUGUGUUUAUUAAGUGCGUUGUAAUAUUCGCAAUGGGUGACAACAUCAGGUAAACAAUGAAACCAAAAAAAAAAAGUUAUAUACACAGAAUGUCAUCUGAACGAAUUAUUCAGGCGACAAAACAAUGAAAGAAAUCAAAAGUGUCAAACCAUGAUGAAAUAUCACGUUCAUUCUCAUUCCAAAUUAAGAAAUAUCUUAAGCAGAUGCCAUUUAUGUCAUAAUCAAAACUUUUCUACUCUUCAGUACCUAUCAAUUAGCCACCUUUUGCGGUUGCCGAUCGCAAAGUAUUGUUUCGAUUCUCCCACGAGCAGUUGCUAUACGCGAUUUUAGACACAGUUAUUCUGAAUACGAAGGCGCUUCGAUACUAAUAAAAUAUUCAUCAUCAUCAUCAGCCGAAAGAAGAUAUUGCGUUACAUACGGUACACCACACAUACUCUCUCAUGGCCAUAACAGUUUGGGUAUGUGUGCGAAGAGAGCAUCGUUAAUGAGCACAGCACCUCUGGUGUAUCGUAAUCGCCGGUAGAACAACGUGUAAAAUAUAAAACCAGUUGUGAACUGACCGCCGUGGCGAAUAAAACAAAAUUCUCUUGUCGUAUUAGAUAGUGGAAUAGUAUCAUCACAGUAAAGAUGUUUUUAUUUGUGUUGUUGAGCACCUUGGGGUUCGUCGCGUUCUAUCUUGGACGUUCAUCCAAAGAAAUGCCAAAAAAUUGGCAACAAUUCAAAUCAGAGAUAUUGUGGCAGUAUUUGGGCGUACGAGGACUCAUUGAGGACUACUAUCUGCGAAAAUAUAAUCGAGUUGAUUUAUUCAAGCAGCCAGGUCGUGUAGCUGUAAUAACUGGUGGAAAUAGAGGCAUCGGAGCUGAUGUUGUUGAAAAAUUGUUACAAUGCGAAAUAAAUGUGAUCAUGGGUGUCCGUAAUCCAAAAGAGGCUCAGAAAAACAUCGAAUCACGUGUCGAUUUUUCGGAAUUGGAUGGUGUCAAAAUUUAUUAUGAAUAUUUGGACACCGGCAAUCUCAAAUCGGUGCGACAAUUUGCAAAAUCUGUACAACAGAAAUUUCCCAAAAUUGAUUUACUUGUCAAUAAUGCCGGAAUAAUGGCCACACCAUAUUACCUUACCGAAGAUGGUUUUGAAAGUCAGUUUGCCGUGAAUUACCUCGGUCAUUUUCUGUUGACACAUCUGCUGAUGCCUCAGCUUAGAGCGGCCGGAACACAAGAUCUGAACUCCCGAAUCGUUAAUGUGUCAUCAUGCGCCAAUAUUUUGGGAACAAUCAACAUGGAUGAUAUUAAUGGAACUAAAAACUAUUAUCCACCUGAUGCGUACAACCAAAGUAAACUGGCUCAGGUAUUAUUCACACGUCAUCUUCAGCUACUCAUCAAUCAGGACGAAGAUCUGCAUGUUCAAGUUCACGCCGUUCACCCUGGUGUGGUUGAUACUGAUUUGUUUGUUCAUUCCAGUACUACCUAUGUUCCGUGGUUCAAAAAGCUAUUCUUCAAGAACACGGAAGAGGGAUCCCGAACGAUUGUUUAUGCUGCAAUUUCACCAAGAAUCGAAGGCAAAGGUGGAUCGUACUUAAGUAACUGUGUUCGUGUACCAGUAAACUCUUUGUCAAAAGAUAAAUCGUUGCGAGAAAAAUUCUUCAAUUUCACAUGCAAAUUGUUGGACAUAGAACUAUUUGGAACAAGUUACGAUUAAGAUACAAGUAACUUUUGCCCGAUUAUCCGCCCACUUUGAUUAGAUGGUGUAAGAGAUCUUCCUGUUCAAUAAAUGUACACAUAUACACACAAAAAACACUGUU